GGUUUUACUGAUGCUUGUAUUGCACUGGGUUUCAUCCUCUGGCAUGAGCUGUUAGUAAAUAUCUAGGGAAAAGCACGAUGGAAGAUAUAUCAGACGUGAAAAUUGUUCCUUGUGAAAAGUCCAGGUUCAUAAAACCAUUGCGAAUGCUAUUUAAGCAGAAUGGCCGAGAGAAGAUAUGGGAUGCUAUGGAGGUACAUGAUAGUGUGGUGAUCCUUAUUUUCAACAAGACAAGAAAUGUAUUUGUUUUUGUCAAACAGUUCCGUCCGGCUGUCUAUCUGAGUCGUUCAAAAAUAACAGAAGAAAAUGGCAGCAGACAUAUAAAGGCCAGUGAAAACCCUCCAAACUUAGGCGUGACCUAUGAACUCUGUGCUGGAAUAGUGGACAAGGAUAUUGGCAACCAGAGGAUAGCACAGGAAGAGGUGAUGGAGGAGUGUGGUUACGAGGUCCCUUUAGAAAACAUUGAGCCAGUCACUUCAUACAGGAGCGGAGUAGGUGCAACAGGAGCCCUACAGAACUUGUACUAUGCUGAGGUGACAGACAAGAUGAGGGUAGGAACAGGAGGGGGUGUGGCAGAGGAGGGGGAGCUUAUUGAUGUGGUUGAAAUACCUCUGUGUGAUGGAAAGUCCUUCAUCACAGAUCAAAACUACAGCAAACCUGUAGCCAUGAUGUACGCACUCAUGUGGUUCUUCGACGUCAAAGCUAAACAUUAUACAAACAGCAAUAAACUUUGACUUGGACUCUGAUGUAGAAAUACUUAUAAUUUAUGUAAUCAGUUAAUAAACUUAUGUAGAGAGAGCUAGGAUCUGACAACCGCCGCUGACCAGGUAGUUUAUAUCAAAUAGUUACAGUUCUAUCCAUUCCUGUAACUAUAGCUGAAAUAUAUAGAUCCAAUAUAGCCAAUAUUAAACAUAAACUCGUGUCUAGUUUAAGUGUUUUAAAUAGAUUCAUUUAUUCAUGCCAUAUUGUUUGUAAUCAAACGUUACUUCAUUACUUCACAAAAAGUACUAUUUUCAAAAUUUCAACCGUUCAAAAUUCCUCAUUUUUGUCAUUGCUAAUAAUAAGGUUUGUCAUGCGCAAGCAUAUAAAUAUUUGAAUGCUUAUCAUAUAUAGCUUACCAAAUAGCUUUAGGUUUUGCAUCUGUAUAUAACAUUUCACCUGUGGAUGUAAGUAUACAAACUUAAUCGUUUGAUUCUAGCCAGAUACACUAUUUAGCCCACAAAUAUAGAGAGCAACAAUGCAUUGUAUCAUGAUCCCUAGAAUGGCCUGUUAGUUGAUUUGGAACUUUAUAAAUAAUUUACAACAAAGAAGGACACAUUUUUUCAGGUGUUUUUGGUCAAAUAUCGCCGACUUUUUACCCGUAUCUCGUACCGAUACCCAAUCCUCAUCGCACCCUAUAUAUUCUGGUGUCACUAAGCGGCUUUCACAGAAGAGACGCAUUGAUGUCUGUCUGGCGAUGUUAUUUAUUUCCCCAACACUGAAUUCUUUCAAUAAAAGAGCAAUUUCAAUGAUGGCAAUCAUAAGGAGAUCAUUCCAAAACUGGACAAAGGAACUUUUCUCUUGCUAUACAAAUCAUAUGUGCAACGAAAAUGGUGGCUGAACUGAAAAACCUUUUUAUACCCAAUGGACAAAAAUCCCUAAAUUUACCAACGCUAUCGUACAGGAGACAGCGGGAAGAUAUGAUAAAACUUUAUACUGUAAACCAUUGAAAAUACGACCACGAUGUUACUGGUUUUUUGAAGUUAUGGAAAGAUGUGUCAAAUCGGUCCGAAAACAGAGGAAAUUCUUUGAAAAUAUAUCCCCAACAGUGUACAAUUAUGAAGAGGAAAAAUAGUUUUUUUUAACUAAGUACUGCAAAUGUGUGGUAACUUACCGGAAAAUGAAGUAUUGGCUAAUAAUUUAAACUGUUUCAAGAAUGAACUGGAAAAAUACUGGGAAGAAUUGAUAUGAAGUGUAGUGUCGUCACAAUAAAAAAAACUUUUUAUUAUAACAAUUAUCAUGUAUUGACUCGGGUGUAGUGGGUAUACAAUCCUGUACCAGAAUUAUAUCAUUAAAUAUCAUUAAAUGUA